AUAAUUUCAUUCACCCAUAUUCCAACCUCAAAAAACACAUCUUUUCUUUUAUCAAGCAACAUAAAUUGCCUACAUGAGUCCAACUAGUCUAUCUAUUGAGUAACUUUCACUUUCAACGUCACUCCGGUAACCGCUUUCCAUGACGCUACAGUUACUACGCGUCAUACGUAAUUCAUUUGCAUUUCGUUCAGAAAAUUGCAUUAAUUUGAAUCGCCAUUGCAAGUUGUUACGUACGAGCGAAUACCGUUAUUCGGAGUGGGGGCUGAGAGUCGGACGCGCGCGGGGGGCACGUAUCGGAGGCGCGGGAGCGCGGCGAGUUCACUCUGUCACUCGGUCAUUACGGUAUUUUUCUGCAGCGCGUCCCACAUUUACGAUCGUGAAAGAAAAAGUGACAAUGCCCGAAAACAAACCGUUUCAACGCCUUCCGAAGAAUGUCGUACCUAAACAUUACGAUUUAGAACUGGUGCCAGAUCUCGAGAAACUAACGUUUACGGGAAAGACGGCAGUGAAAGUAUCGAUCGUCAAUCCUACCAAAGAGAUAGUGCUCAACUGUUUGGACUUGGAUUUGAAGAGCGUGAAAUUACAGUACGAGAAUGGAGAACCUCUGUCGCCGGUGGAAGUGCGGCUCAGCACAGCCGAAGAGACAGCCACGAUCGCGUUUGCGGAGGCGCUGCCGGCCGGCGAGGCCGCUCUGCAAUGCGAGUUCACCGGCGAGAUCAAUGACAAGAUGAAGGGGCUGUACCGCAGCAAAUACCUGACGCCGAGCGGCGAGGAGCGCCACGCGGCCGUCACGCAGUUCGAGGCGACGGACGCGCGCCGUUGCUUCCCGUGCUGGGACGAGCCCGCCAUCAAGGCAACCUUCGACAUUUCCCUGCGCGUACCCGCCGACCGUGUCGCGCUCUCCAACAUGCCCGUGAAGGAGGAACAGAUAACCGACAAGACGCGAUUCGUGAGGUUCGACACAACUCCAAUCAUGUCUACAUACCUAGUGGCUGUAGUAGUGGGCGAGUAUGACUAUGUGGAGAAGACAUCGCGCGACGGCGUCUUGGUGCGCGUGUACACGCCUGUGGGCAAAAGCAAGCAGGGCAUGUUUGCACUGGAAGUGGCAGCCAGGGUAUUGCCUUACUACAAGGAGUACUUUGACAUAGCUUAUCCUUUGCCCAAAAUUGAUCUGAUUGCUAUAGCAGACUUUUCAGCUGGUGCUAUGGAAAACUGGGGUUUAGUGACGUACAGAGAAACAUGUUUGUUGGUGGAUGAGGAGCACACAUCUGCUGUGAGACGGCAGUGGAUAGCCCUUGUAGUUGGCCAUGAGCUGGCUCAUCAGUGGUUCGGGAACCUGGUCACUAUGGAGUGGUGGACUCAUCUCUGGUUGAAUGAGGGCUAUGCUUCAUUUGUGGAAUUCUUGUGUGUCAACCAUCUGUUCCCUGAGUAUGAUAUUUGGACACAGUUUGUUACUGAAACUUAUAUCAGGGCUUUAGAGUUAGAUUGUUUGAAAAACUCACACCCUAUUGAAGUGCCCGUUGGGCACCCAUCAGAGAUUGAUGAGAUCUUUGAUGACAUCUCAUACAACAAGGGUGCUUCUGUCAUUCGCAUGCUGCACAGAUAUAUCGGUGAUGAUGAUUUCCGCAAAGGAAUGAACAUCUACCUUACUAGACACCAGUAUAAAAACACUUUUACUGAGGACCUAUGGGCAGCUUUGGAGGAAGCAUCCCACAAGCCAGUUGGGGCUGUUAUGUCCACAUGGACCAAGCAGAUGGGGUUCCCUGUCGUACAGGUAAACUCGACACAAAGGGGCAAAGACCGCGUGUUGACGCUGACUCAGCAGAAAUUUACCGCGGACGGUAGCCAGGACCCUAAUGAUAUCCUAUGGAUGGUGCCUAUUACUAUAUCUACUCAGGAAUUUCCUUCUAAGGUGGCAUUGUCUACAGUUUUGGAGAAACGAACUCAGGAAGUUGUCCUAGAAAACGUUUCAGAGUCUUCAUGGGUUAAAUUGAACCCUGGCACAGUGGGCUACUACCGCACGCGGUAUGAACCAGGCAUGCUGGCGCAGCUGGUGGGCGCGGUGCGCGACGGCUCGCUGCCGCCGCUCGACCGGCUCGGGCUGCUCGACGACUGCUUCGCGCUCGUGCAGGCCGGACACACGCACACGCACGAGUCCUUGAAACUGAUGGAGGCAUUUAACAACGAGUCAAACUUUACCGUCUGGUCGUCGAUCUCCAAUUGCAUGUCCAAACUGAGCGCGCUGUUCUCCCAUACGGCACUCGACAAGCCGCUUAAGAACUAUGGGCGGCAGCUGUUUGGGCCAGUCACUAAGCGUUUGGGAUGGGAUGCUGCGGACAAGGAAAGCCACUUGGACACACUGUUGAGGAGCCUCGUGCUGAACAAAAUGAUCAGCUUUGAGGACCCAGACACCAUCAAGGAAGCCAAGAAUCGAUUCGAGAAACACGUAUCGGGCGCGGUCACACUGCCAGCGGACCUGCGCUCGGCGUGCUACCGCGCGGUGCUCGCGGACGCGGACGAAGCCACAUUCCAGCGGUUCCUAGAGCUGUACCGCUCUGCAGACCUGCACGAGGAGAAAGACCGCAUCAGCCGCGCGCUAGGAGCGGUUAAGGACCCAGAGCUUCUGAAACGUGUGCUGGACUUUGCUGUCUCGGAUGAAGUGCGCGCCCAAGACACAGUGUUCGUCAUCGUGUCGGUAGCAGUCAGCAGGAACGGCCGCGACCUGGCGUGGCAGUUCUUCAAGGACCACUGGCAGGACUUCAUGGAUCGCUACCAGGGCGGUUUCCUCCUGGCGCGACUAGUAAAGUCCACCACGGAGAACUUCGCGUCCGAGUCCGCCGCUCAGGAGAUAGAGGAGUUCUUCCGCACUCACCACUCGCCCGGCACCGAGCGCUCCGUGCAGCAGGCGCUCGAGACCGUGCGGCUCAACGCGGCCUGGCUGCGCCGCGACCUCGCCUCCACCACCACCUACCUGCAGUCCUACCACUGACGGACCAAAUGACACAAGACUGAAACUACAACGAAGUCCAGUUAACGUUUCAAUAGAUAUUUAUCCACUGAGCCGAGCUGCUAGCAUUUUCAGUUAUUUAUUUUCCAGUGACAUCAUUAUAUGUUUACCGUGACAUUGAAAAAGAGUAUUUUAAAUGUUGUUAAUAUGUUUAUCGAUUAUCGUAUACUUAAUAUAGCCGAAUUAAAUUAAACAGCAGUAUACAGGUGAAACAUAGGAACCUAUGUUUAAAUUUGUUGUUGUUUUAUAUUCCUGCCUGUUCAUUACAUUUGUUUCUUAAAAUACGAGCACUUUCAAUCAGCAUGUUAAAUCUGAAAGUUUAGUCUUAAAUAGCAGAACUAUAUGGUGGGUUCUGAAUUCUCAACAAUUAUUUUUGUAGGCGGAGGAAUUACUAAACUUGCUAUUGUCUAUACAGGCACUGUAUAGGCAGUCUGUUGUUAAAAGGCAUCGAUUCAAGCAUGUUGAAUGAAAUGAUUCCCUUAUGCAUUUAUAUCGACCGUGCUCGCUAAAAUUCGCAUUUACUGUACAAUGAUGACACUAGUCACAUGCGCCUAACUAAAUUUCUGCAGUGGCAAAGGAGACAAAUCUUAUCAUAAUUCAACAAAUACUGCACAUUGUUAUAACACUUCAAUACUCUGCAGACGUUCAAUGGUCCAUUGUUAGAGAAGCUAUACUUACAGGAUUUAACAUGUAUUAUAAUGUGUAAAAUAUUAUUUUAAUUUAUGUUUAGAUUAUGUUACGAGUUUUGUAAUAUUGGUGCUGAGAGCAUUAUUUUUGUUUUAUUUCUUUAUUCUGGGGAAAGUACAAUUUGUUUCUAACAUUAGUGUAAACUGUAUACUGACAAGCCGUAGUAGCGUAUUUAAUUUACCAGUGUGCAAUAGUUUCUUACGCCCGCCACAUAAGUACCAGUCGACUUGCACACACAUAUAAUUUUAAUUAAGUACUUACGUUUAGUAAAUUAAUCGUUUAGGGGCGUGCAAGUUCAGUCUAAAUUUUUGUGAUCUUAAAAUAAUGAAAUGAAGUUACCAUCGUUUAUUAGUGUCUUAUCGCUGUCAUUGCUGAAUUGUUUUGUAAGACUGUGUUAUUGCAAUAAAUGGUACAAGAACAUAA